UUGUCCAAGCGUAGACAACAUAUGUCCAGAGCAAAUAUAAAAGAAAUAUCAAAACUCGUUUUGUUAUCUACGCUGUUUAAAAAAUGAACAUUAUCACUCUAAAAUUUCCAACAAAACAUUUAACAUCGAACGCAGUUCUAGUACUGUUAUUGAUAUUAUCGAUUUUCUUUAUUUACCAUUUGACCCGACAUGACAUAGAUGAACCUAAUUUUGAUCCCGUUGAACCACAUAAAUCACAAGACUCUUUCGAAACUGACAAAAAUCUGGAUCUAAUUUUGGCAAAUGGACUGAAAAAGUCUGUAGAUACUGAUCCUUCUGGAACGACCAUUAGACAUCCUACUAAAAUUGUAAUCCAAGGGUUCAAAACCAACUUUGCCCAGGCCCUCUUUCCACACCUGUUCGACCCUGGAUUCGAGAAGACGUUUUUUCUGUUUGACAUGGCAAACUCUGAGGAUGUGAAAAAAUUCUACCCGCAUGGCUUUACAGGAUCGGAUAUGAUUGCAAAGCUGGACGCCAUUUCCAAGUGCAACUUCUCAAAAGAUACCAUGAAAUUACUGAUGGGCAGAAACAAAAAGCGAGUAUCUGACUCGGCGUCCAAAUUAUCCGAUAAGUUCAAGGACGACAUUCUCGGCUUCGCACAGAAACUGAAGACUACAUGCGAAGAGAGUGACAUGCGAAUAGUGGAUGGGAGUGGCACAUUUGCGAUAGUGACUCAUGACCAGUACGAGAGACUGAAUCACACUCACCAUAUUUUCAUCAUGCCUGGACUGAAGAGACAGAUUACUAUAAUAAAGAGUCAACCUGAUUUACAGCAGCCAGAUGGAAUGAAUGUGCCUCAAAUUUGUAAACAGCUUCAAGGAGGAAUAUACACUCAAAUUAAGGACAGCAAAACCACCUUCAUGUUGACGGUAUCUAAAUUUCUUGAGUCCAGACAAGAGGCCUUUCACAUAUUACGUCAUUCCAUCUGGUCCGAGAUUUCUCCCUACUAUGAUGACGUCAGAUAUGAACUGGAUAUUGAGCAGCAGAGCAACUUUCAUCGAGAUUUUCUGGACCCAGACGAGCUUUAUGCACUGGACCACGAUACUAGUUGUUUAAGACUGCGAGAAUUUGUGCCUUUAUAA